AAAGAGAGAUUGCACUUUUGAAUCAACAAAGCCAGUUGUGGAUCAAGGUCCGUGCGUAGGCCAGAGUUACUGUUCUGCCACUUCCACUGUAGUAGUUUUUGUGAGUACCUCCAGAGUGAUACUGGCGAGCUUUCCCUGCGGUGUCAUCCAGUUUCUUGUUGCAGAGGCGCGCGGGAGCUGAGGCUUCUCCAACUGGGUGCGGUGUUUUCUUCUGUUACACGCAGCGAUCCAUUCACCAUGAUGCCGAAAUUUGCACUAUGUUCCAAAUUUCUUCGCAACCUUACACCGCUUUCCAAGAAUGAAUUUUUACUGUGGAGGCAGUGGACUCGCCCUCCUGCCGCGCUGCCUGCAACUAGUCGAUGCAUUCACGUUGACAGCCCGCCCCUCAUUCCAACCCUAACCACCAGUUAUGCCCACGGGACGUCCAGUGUUUCUCUUUUACAUGCAACUAUCCCAGAAAUCCUGCUCAGCACAGUGGAGCGGAUCCCAGACCGGGAGGCUGUGCUUUUCCUGAAGGAAGGGGUCAGAAAAACCUUUGCACAGUUUCAAGAAGAUGUGGAUCAGACGGCAGCGGGCCUCCUCGCCAUCGGGCUAAAAAAGGGAGACCGGCUCGGCAUGUGGGGACCCAAUAUUUAUGAAUGGGUGUUGUUGCAGUUUGCCACGGCUAAAGCUGGCAUUAUACUGGUGUCUGUGAACCCAGCAUACCAGGUCAGAGAGGUGGAGUACGCCUUAAAGAAGGUCAGCUGUAAUGCCAUAGUGUGCCCCACUCAGUUUCUGACUCAAAAAUACUCAAAAAUGCUCAGAGAGAUCUGUCCUGAGUUAGACACCUGUGCCCCUGGAGCCCUCAAGAGUAAAAGGUUACCUGAUCUGCAAACAGUGAUAGUUCUGGACAGUCGAGAGCCAGGGAUGUUUCAUUUUGAUGACAUCAUGCAGGCGGGAGACAGCCAACAUAAACGGGAGCUUCAGGAUCUGCAGAAGAAACUCUGCUUUGACGACCCCAUCAACAUCCAGUUCACAUCGGGCACAACUGGAACUCCGAAGGGUGCAACUUUGUCCCACCACAACAUCGUAAACGAUGCGUAUUAUGUUGGCCGGCGGUUUGGGUACCACUGGAAGCCCCACACUCGGAUCUGCCUCCCCGUGCCUCUGUACCACUGUUUCGGUUCAGUGGGAGGUGGGAUGUGUGCGGCUGUACAUGGGACAACUCUUGUGUUUCCAUCUCCGGGGUAUAAUUCAAAGGCCAACCUAGAAGCAAUGGAGAGUGAAAGAUGUACUAUUGUCUACGGGACCCCGACUAUGUACGUGGACAUGGUCAACCAGCCGGACAUCCAUAAGUAUGACCUGUCAUCAGUGGAAUCAGGGAUCAUGGCUGGUUCUCCGUGUCCUCCAGAACUGAUGAAAAAAGUGAUAUCUGUAAUGGGUGUGAAUGGAAUAACAAUUGGCUAUGGCACCACAGAAAACAGCCCAGUGACAUUUUGUGGAACUCCUUCUGACAGUAUGGAGAGAAAGUGUGAGACCGUAGGGUACAUCCUUGACCACGUUGAGGCUAAAAUAGUGAACCCCAGUACAAGGCAGAUAGUCCCUCUGGGGGAGCUGGGAGAGGUAAUGAUCAGGGGCUUUUGUGUGAUGCUUGGUUACUGGGGUGAUAAGGACAAAACUGAUGAGUGCAUCUCCAGAGACGGCUGGUACAAAACUGGGGACAUUGGCAAAAUGGAUGGAUUCAGCUACCUGCGCAUUGAAGGCAGAAUUAAAGACAUGAUCAUCAGAGGAGGAGAGAACAUUUAUCCUGCUGAGAUUGAGCAGUUUCUUCACACACACCCAAAAGUGAAAGAGGCUCAGGUAGUAGGAAUAAAGGACGAACGAAUGGGUGAGGAGCUCUGUGCUUGUAUCAAGCUUGUUGAUGGACAGGAAUGCACACCAGAAGAAAUCAAAGCUUUCUGUAAAAAUAAUAUUGCUCACUUUAAAAUUCCUCGCUACAUUCUUUUUGUCACAAGUUACCCACUCACAGUUACUGGAAAGAUCCAGAAAAUAAAACUACGUGAGAUAGCAGAGGAACAACUCAGAGUGGAGUGACAUCUGCUAUAAUGAUUCUUUUUUCAUUAAAUAUAUUCAUCCAUUCUCAAUAUUCAGGUUCAAUCACCCUUUAUACAUGAAGCAAUGGUGGUGUGAGAGUAAUAUUAUUCAAAUGAAAUCCUACAGGUACUGUACAAAUCAUGCGGAACAAGUGCACCAAACCAACCUUGUUUUUAAGAUCCAGAAAGCCAUACAAUAUUUUUUUUACGACAUGAAAUAAAGUUUUUAUGACUUUAUUAAAACCAGGCGUGGGCGUUUCUCUUUUUACGGGAAGAGCAGGGCUUUUUAUUGAUCUCGAUGGCAGGUGCUUACCUUUGAGCCACUGGAAUGUGAUUCAGACUCAUGCACGCUUACACAAACACAGUGAGAACAUGAGAACAUAGUGCAGUUUGAAAUGGACAAGUGUUACAGAGCCGACUUUAACCCAAAACUGUAAAGAAUUUCCUCUUGGGCCCGUCCUGGUCCAUGUGCCAUGCACCUGACGCUGGGCUUAAAGAUUGGAUGUCAUUUUCUGUCUAGACCUGAAGGACUCAACCCAGAAAUAGCUCUUUAAAAGCCUGGGCAAAAACAAAUAGUGCUCUCAACACUAAUGGAGAACCCCAAGUUUAUUUAAGAUUUUUUUAUUUUGCAUAUUUUUGGACUGGAACAAAAUCCUUCAGGAUGUGGUAUGCUCAUAGCAAGUGCCAGAUAUAAGGGCCAGCCAAUUAAAAUUAACCUGCGCAGUGGCAUUUGCCUGGUAUGCUGUAAAUCUGAGCCAGAAGAAUGUACUGUACAAAUGGUUUGAAAACAAAGAGUCCCGAGUAAAUUUAGUAAUCCAUCUUUUCAAUACUAUAUUUUUAGUGUCAAGUGAUGUUUUUGUACUACUUGCUAUAUUUUAAACAUGUACUGCAAUAAUAUUGAAAGUAUUUUAGUUUAAACUGUUUCUAUCUUUGUAUAAAAUAC